AUGAAGGACGGCAUGUUCUUUGCAUUUGAUUUUGGCGGAGGAACACUUGACACGACCGUCUUUGAAAAGAAAGGAAAGCACAUCAAGUUCAUUGGUAUACAUGGCAAUCAGCAUCUUGGGGGUCUAGAUAUCGACAAUAAAUUUGUGGAGUACGUGAUCAGCAAAUGGGAAGCAGAUUUUCCAACUGAAAUGGCCAACCUUUUUAUUGAACAAAAGAAAGACACAUUUGGUUCAAAAAACAUGAAAAGAAAACGACGUAGAGUGUUGAAACAAAUAGUCGAGAAGGCAAAAAUUUCACUUUCCACUUUAAACUGUGUUACUGUCGAAUAUGAAAAUUAUUCACUUGCUGUUACACGUAAGGACUUUGAAAUGUGUUGCUCUGAUUUAUUCAAUGAGUGUAUGAAGACAGUCAAAGACACUUUAAAUCUUCCAAAAGUACAAGCCAAACCACAACAAAUAAGUAAAGUCGUUUUAGUGGGUGGAAGUUCACAAAUACCAAAAAUAAGAAACAUGUUAACAGACUACUUUGGAGAAGGAAAGGUGUGCUGCUCUGAAAAUUGUUACACCGUAGUGGCAAAUGGAGCCUGCCAAUGCUUCCGACGAAGUGUGUUCGAGUAUCAAAAUUGCGAUAGAUGA